CAACUGAAAAAUUAGCUCCUCCUCCGCUGGCUAUACCCCCCAGCAGGCGGAGCCUACUCCAGUUUUUUGUUGUGUCCUCAGGAGGUCAGGACAUGUCAUGGUUUCCCUCAAGAAAUGUUUAUUUUUUCCAGGGGGAAGACAGCCUCGGUAAGAUACCUUGCAUGUGCCAAGUGCCGCAAAAAGCUCCCCUCAGGGCAAAAAGAGCCUAGUUGCUCUAAGUGUAAAACAGCUGAGCCUGAGAAAGAACUCCCAGGCUCUGCUCCUAUUCAAACAGAACAAAUUCCUCAGACACCUACUGUGACUGUCACAGAUGUAUCUAAUCCAAUUCAGACAGUAAUUCCAGACUGGGCAGCCCAGUUAGCUACUGGCAUACCAAAAUUAGCAUCAUCUUUGGAUAAAAUCCUGUCAAGACUAGAUAAACCUAGACAUAGGGGAUCAAAACGUAGAGCACCCUCGUCUUCGGACGAAGAGAGUGACAAUUGUUCCAGAGAUUCCUCACCUGUACCAGACAGGGAGGAGACCCUUGAUCUAUCAGAGGGGGAGUUAUCUUGCAGUUCUGACAUGUUAGAUGAGGAGCCUUCAAAAUUCUCUGCUAAAGCGAUAGAUGAUUUAAUUACUUCCGUUCUGGAGACUCUUAACAUACAGGAACCAGAGACCAGUACAGAUAAGUCUAAGAUACUGUUUAAAAGAAGUAGUAGAUCUGCACCUACUUUCCCUUCUCACGCACAGCUUGAGCAAAUAAUCCAACAGGAGUGGAACAAGCCGGAAAGUCGUUUCCAACCAAACCGCAGAUUCCUCAAACUCUAUCCAUUCUCUGCAGAUACCACAGAGAAAUGGUCUUCUCCUCCUUCAGUGGAUGCUCCAGUUUCACGCUUAUCCAAAAACACAGCUCUUCCAGUACCAGAUGCCUCGUCCUUUAAGGACUCAGGCACGGCCCUUCGCCCUAUCCUGGCUACAGCAUGGGUUAGCAGGGCAGUACAAACAUGGUCUGAAUCCCUUGUUCAGGCAAUUCUAUCGGGAGUGCCAAGACAAGAACUUUCGCAGGUGGCAACGCAAAUCAAAGACGCAAAUGAAUAUAUUUGUGAGGCGGCCUUAGACGCAACACAGGCAGUUAGCAGAGCUUCAGCGCUAUCUAUAGCCACUUUUGAUUUGAUUUGUCAUCCAAAAAGUCUCUUACAUCAUUGCCAUUUAAGGGAAAACUCCUGUUCGGCCCAGAUCUGGACAAGAUCAUUAGUCAAGCAACAGGAGGAAAGAGCACGCUACUUCCUCAACCAAAAGCCCGUUCUUCCUUUCGGAGAGGGAGGUUUUUUCGCCCUUCACAAAACAAGAGCUCUAGACACUCUCCACCACGGCAUACAACCUCCAACAGAGGAUGCUUCACGGGUAAGCCCAGAAUCUCCUGGCAGGCUCGCAAACCCUCUACCAGAACGUCGGACAAGUCCUCCACCGCAUGACGGGAGGCCUCCGGCACAUGGAACGCCUAUGGGGGGAAGGCUACUCCACUUUUCUAGAAAUCACAUCAAAUUCUUGGAUACAGGAGGUGGUAACUCAAGGUUAUCACCUAGAAUUCGAUUUGUUGCCCCCUCGCCAAUUUUUCAUGUCAAGAAUCCCAAGAGAACCAACAAAGUUCAAGGCCUUCCAAAACGUGCUGUCUACUCUUUUACAAGCAGAGGUCAUUUCCUCGGUUCCUCCAAAGGAGCACUUCAGGGCAUACUAUUCCAAUCUGUUUGUCGUUCCCAAAAAAGACGGAUCGGUACGUCCAGUACUAGAUCUAAAGGGACUAAACAAAUUUGUUCGUCCAAGAAAGUUCAAAAUGGAAUCUCUACGCGCCAUCAUUGCAGCAAUGACCCCAGGCCAAUUCAUGACGUCCCUAGACAUAAAGGACGUCUACCUGCAUGUGCCAAUCUUCCCUUCUCAUCAAAAGUACUUACGAUUCGCCAUACAAAACCGCCACUACCAAUUCAGGGCACUUCCUUUUGGCCUCACUUCGGCACUAAGGGUGUUCACAAAAAUCAUGGCAGUAGCCACUGCAGAGAUACGGCAGUUAGGAAUAUCCAUAACCCCGUAUCUCGACGACCUGUUAAUCAAAGCACCCUCUUUAGCAGAAGCACAAAGAGCAACCCAUCUUGCUAUGAACAAACUACAAGAUCUCGGAUGGUCUAUCAAUCUAGAAAAAUCAUCCACAACACCCAGACAGUCUAUGGUUUUUCUAGGACUACUGUUCGACACACGGACACAAAGAUUGUCCCUAACUCAGGAAAAGAUUGUUCAUCUCAAAGCUCUAAUACGUUCCUUACUGGCAAAAACAAGCCAUUCAAUCAGAUUCUGCAUGAAAGUAGUGGGGGUCAUGGUAUCAACAAUAGAAGCGGUUCCAUUCGCCCAAAUUCACAUGCGGGAACUUCAAUGGAACAUUCUUACAUUAUGGAAAAGAAAACACUUGACUCAAGAGAUCCGUCUUUCUCACAGGACGCAAGUAUCCCUGACCUGGUGGCUACGAACACAGUGCAGUUCCAAGGGAAAACCUCUCGGAGAGUCACAAUGGAGACUAAUGACAACAGAUGCGAGCCUGUCGGGUUGGGGAGCAGUACUAGAGGGCAGAUCCGCACAAGGUCUGUGGACUCAAGUGGAGAACCGUUUACCCAUAAAUCUUCUGGAGAUCAGGGCUAUUUGUCUAGGACUCAGUCACUGGCAAACAGAACUAUCAGGCCAACCGAUAAAGAUACAGUCAGACAAUUUGACAGCGGUGGCUUAUAUAAACCACCAGGGGGGCACAAGAAGCAAGGCGGCCUUACAAGAAGUCAGGCACAUUUUCCGGUGGGCGGAACAGAACAACGCCAGACUAUCGGCCAUUUUCAUCCCAGGCCUGCAAAACUGGGAAGCAGACUUCCUCAGCCGCCAAACAUUAGACCCAGGAGAAUGGGCGCUAAAGGAGGAGAUUUUUCAAGAAAUAAACGCAAGAUGGGGCUUGCUGGAAGUAGACCUAAUGGUUUCUCGCCACAACCGACAGGUACCAACCUUCCUUGCUCGGUGCCGGGACCCUCUGGCAUUAGCAGCAGACGCUCUCACAGCCCCGUGGGAUUUUCAACUAUCCUACGCAUUUCCUCCAAUUCCCCAUUCUGAAGCAGAAGGGAUUCUCGGACGCUGUAAUUCGAACUAUGCGAGCAGCGCGAAAGCCUUCCUUGGCCAGAUCAUACUAUCGGGUAUGGAUUAGUUACAGACAAUGGUGCUACAGACAUAAAGUAAACUUUAGAUCUUUUUCAAUGUCAAAAUUGUUAGAAUUCCUCCAGGAAGGUGUGUCUCUAGGAUUAUCACUCGGUUCCCUCAAAUCACAGAUUUCUGCCCUAUCUAUUUUAUUCCAAAAAAGGCUAGCCCUUCUAUCGGAUGUCAAAACAUUUUUACAGGGGGUAGCACGUGGUUCCUCCUUUCCGUAAAUCAGUACCGACAUGGGAUCUUAAAGCACUACAGAGAGCUCCCUUUGAACCAAUGGCAUCAAUACCAUUACAUUGGGUAACAUUAAAGACCGUGUUCCUAUUCGCAAUUACCUCAGCAAAACGAGUGUCCGAAAUCAGUGCACUAUCCUGCAAAUCUCCGUUUUCUCACUUUUCAGCAUGACAGAGCAGUGCUUCGUACGGUACCUUCCUUCCUGCCUAAGGUGGUAUCGGCAUUUCACAUCAACCAGGAAAUAACUAUUCCUACCUUCUGCCCCAAAAAACCCCAAAGAAGCAGCACUUCAUACUUUGGAUCCAGUACGUGCUUUAAAAUUCUAUCUACAUAGAGUACAGGAUGUACGAAAGACUGACUCUCUUUUCAUGUUAACCUCAGGUCCACUAAAAGGAUCUCCAGCCACUAAGGCUUCCAUAUCCAGAUGGGUCAAGCAGACGAUUCAAAGAGCUUAUGUGGCACAAGGGUUAACACCACCGGAUAAAGUGAAAGCGCAUUCCACAAGGGGAAUGAGCACGACCUGGGCUUUUCGGAAUCAGGCCUCAGCAGAGCAGUUGUGCAAAGCAGCUACGUGGACAUCCAUCCACC